UUUUGGUUUUAACAAGCAUAUACGGUUUCGCACAGAAUUUCAAGCACUAGCUUUUUGUUAAAAAAAGAUAUCUCGAUCAGAUGUACAGUACGAAAGAACUCUUGAAAAUACUAACAGCACAACUAUUCCUGGACCACCCAUUAUUUCGUAAAAGUCGGAGCUCAUUUUGGUUUUGUUUUGUUUUUUUGUUAUAUUUCCAAUACAUAAAGUUGAACUCACACAUAGACAAACAAGAUAUAUGUUAAAAAGUAAUAUCUAAUAAGUUAUUAUUGAAAAUUUAUUGUAUUUAACUGACACAACUCAUUAAAAGGAGUAUCCCAUUGGUAAAUAAGUUCUGCACAUUUGGAUUAGUAGAAUUAUAUUGCUAAUAUAAAACUACAUUUUAAGAAAAGUAAUUAUAUAUUCUGAUAGCGCUCAGAAUUCUCUAUCAUCCUGUGUAUUUAAGUCUUGACUUGCAUUUAUUUGCUGAAAAAUAUUUCGAAUACAGUGAAGACACCGUCACCCUCAGAUCCCCACUAACUUCAUUUUUCGUUCCUUUUUCAUAUGUUUUUCAAAAUUUUUAUCUAUACAGUAAUCCAUCUUUUAAAAAAGUAAUUAUAUAUUCUAAGAGUCCUUAAUAUGUUCUAUCACUCUAUAUAUUCAGGUCUUGGCUUGAACUUAUUUGCCGAGAAAUAUUUCGAACAUUGCCAAUGCGGAUGAUGGUAUCUUCACUGUACUCGAAAUAUUUUUCAGUAAAUAAAUGUAAGUCAAGACUUAAAUACACAGGGUGAUAGAGAAUUCUGAGUGCUAUCAGAAUAUAUAAUUGCUUUUCUUAAAAUGUAGUUUUAUAUUAACAAUAUAAUUCUACUGAUCCAAACGUGCAGAACUUAUUUACCAAUGGGAUAACUUAUUACAAGAGACAUUGCAAAAGCUUUUCUUUUGUCGUCAACCCUUCAGAUAAAAAAAAAUAUUCAAAAGAUUAGUUCUAUCUAAUGUUGUUGUUGAAAAGUAUCAUCGUAAAUGAGGAAUAUACUUAAGCAUUCAAAAUAUACAGUAUCGAUGAAUCGAUUUUUUUUCGAGGAUCAUCGUUUUUGAUGAUGUCCAUAAUGACUUGUUCUAAGAUAUGUAAGAUGUAGGGAGGGAAUUGUUUUUACUGUUGAUGAAUGUCAUUUGUAAAAAGUUGAUAUUUUGGUAGCUUUUUUUUGAAAGCAGAAAAGAGUCAUAUAAGAUGAGGCUUGUAUGACUAAAUAAUAGAUUUAGUCAUUCUGCCAUAUAAUGUUCAGUCAUAAAUAUUCGUUAAUAUUUCAGACUUUUCGUAGAUGCACAUUGUCAUAUGGACAAAAUGGAGAGUUGAGAAAAUCGGUCUGUUAUAUUACUCUUGAAUCUGUUUAGAAGUUUAGGUGCUAGACAUCCGUAUUUCUAAAUCAUAAUGGCAUGAACUUGAUCAAGCCAGAUUUUUUGUGAAAGAAAAUUUGACAUGAUUUGUUUUUGUCUGAACUCACUUGUUUUCCAUGUAAGUUUCGACAAUUCUGAAAUAAGUAUUCUUCAACGCUCGGAUUUGUUGACUACUACUCUAUUAUAUAUUUAUGAUUAUGAUCAAGAAAAAACCUAUGACUUAUGACUAGUGGAGUGCAUGGUAUUCAUUCUUAUGUUUAAUGAAAAAUCAUUUUCAAUUUAACUCUGAAACUGUAUUCAAAAAAAUUUCCUCGGCUACAUUAGCAACUCAAGGGCAAUAUGAAAACAAGAGAGAGGGAGAAUAUAUCUUUAACCCUAGUACUAUCAACCUGGGUCAUUUUUGACCCGUUUUUCAGAUCUUCUUCUCAAAAAUCGAAUUUCGUACCAAGUCAAGUGAAAUAACCUGAUAUUUUCAGGACAGAUUGUGAUUGUAGUGGAGAAACUAUGGUAAAAUUUUCACGUCUACAUCAUGAUGUUUUAGGGAAAUAAUAAUCAAAUAAUGGUCAAAAAUAGCUCGUUCGACAACCCAAAUUUCUCUUUUGUUACUUAUACAAUAUAUUUAAUAUUUUUUUUGUUCGAAAGAGCAUGUCAAGGUGCAAGACAUGACGGAGUCCUUCUUUUAAAUUAAGAAGAGCUUGGUCAUACUCUGUAUCCUGACAUGCUCUUUCGAACAGAAAAAAUAUUAAAUAUAUUGUAUAAGUAACAAAAGGGAAAUUUGGGUUGCCAAAUGAGCUAUUUUUGACCAUUAUUUGAUUAUUAUUUCCCUAAAACAUCAUGAUAUAGACGUGAAAAUUUUACCAUAGCCUCCCCACUACAACCACAAUCUAUCCUGAAAAUAUCAGGUUAUUUCACUUGACUUGGAACGAAAUUCGGUUUUUAGAAGAAGGUCUGAAAAACGGGUCAAAAAUGAUCCAGGCUGGUAGUACUAGGGUUAACAAUGAAAUUUGAUAGUUUGAAGUUAAUCAAAAAAAACAAAUCGAUUAGUAUACUACCUGAGUGUAAUAAAUGUCGUCAUGACAAUGUAAAACACAAGCAUGACUUUUCUCAUAAUAGACUAAAACAAAUUUGUUAAUCCCGAAAAAUUAAAUGUUUUUGAAAAUGUUGUCAUAAGAAUGUGAAAGAUCCACAUACAGAAUAGUGCAUUAUUAGACCCAAAAAAGAAAAUCUCAAGAUAUGAUGAAAGAAUAAAAGACUUGCGAAUUUGAAGUUUGACACAAAAUUCUAAAGGACUAUAUCUGAGCUGUAUCGCAGAGAAUAGUUGCUCUAAAAUUAAAUUGUGACUUUUAGUAGAAUCAAAUGAAAAAAACAUCUGUGGGCGCGCCGUCUAUAAUUAAAAUAUUAUAAAAAUAAUUUUUUUUGUUUUUUCCAUCCUUCGCUUUCAUGAAUAUUUUUAUCUGAAACAUGAGAAAAAAGUAUGUCUAAAUUUAUAAAAAUAUUCAAUUCCAGAACAAUAAGAUAAAAAUAGAACAAAAUGACUCAAUGAUCAUAUGAUUAAUAUUUAACAUAUUCUAGGGUCUCUCGCUAAAAACUAAAAUAUUUUUCUUCUUGCAAAUCAGAUUUUCAUCAAGACAAAAUUGGAAACGAGCCAAAACUUGGAAUGAUGUUGAUUUUGCAAAAAUUCAAAUGAACUUUUCACUUUUUUCUCUCUAUAGUCUCUUUCUCUUUCUCUUCUCUUCUCUCUUAUUUUACCAUUUUAUCAUCUCCUUUCUCUCUAUUUCAGUCCAUCCAUUACGUGGUAGUUCAAUUGACAUUCAUCCAAAUGCUCGAUGGCAACAGAAUGGUAUCACUGUCGCUGGAGGAAAUGGACAAGGAAAUGGAAUCAAUCAACUCUUAAGUCCAUAUGGUUUAUAUGUUGAUGAUGAUCAAACAGUUUAUGUCGCUGAUCCACCGAAUCAUCGUAUUAUGGAAUGGAAAUGGGGUGCAACAAGUGGCCAAGUGGUUGCAGGUGGAAAUGGCGAAGGAAGUGGGACUCAUCAAUUGAAUAACCCAUAUGAUGUGAUUGUCAACAAAGAGACAGAUAGUCUCAUCAUCUGCGAUAGUGCGAAUAAAAGAGUGGUUCGAUGGCCUCGUCGAAAUGGAACAAGUGGAGAAACAAUCAUCUCCAACAGCGAUUGUUGGAGUUUGACAAUGGACGAGAAUGAAUAUCUCUAUGUUGUUAACAGUGAAAAAGAUGAAGUGAGACGAUAUCGAAGAGGAGAAUCUCAAGGAAUAGUGGUUGCAGGUGGUAAUGGAUUUGGAGAUGAUCUCAAUCAACUCUCUUUUCCACAAUACGUAUUCGUCGAUCGAGAUCAUUCAGUAUAUGUGUCUGAAUGGCGCGGUCAUCGUGUGAUGAAAUGGAUGGAAGGUGCAAAACAAGGCAUUGUCGUGGCUGGUGGUCAAGGACAAGGAAAUGAUCUUACACAAUUGUCAUAUCCUCAAGGAGUCGUUGUUGAUCAAUUGGGCACUGUCUAUGUGGCUGAUCGAGGGAGUGGAAGUAUCAAACGUUGGCCCAAAGGAGCCACACAGGGAAGUGUCAUUGUUGGUGGAAACGGUAGUGGAGAACAAUCGAACCAACUCAGUUUGCCCACCGGUUUGUCAUUCGAUCGACAUGGCAAUCUCUAUGUCGUCGAUUUGGGGAAUAAUAGAGUACAAAAAUUCAACAUCGAAUCCAAUAAAUGAAGGACUAGGAAGUCAAAAAUACUUGUUUCUGUACUGUAAACCUCCUAACCACUGUAUACCGGUAAGCGCCACCGAAAUCCUUGAAUUCCUUGAAAAAUUAUAAUAAAAUAUACCCCACUUAUACAAAAUAUCUGGCCAAAGGGUGUGGGUGUAAAUCAAUCAGAAAACAGACCGAUCUAUAUUCCUCUGAUACAAAUCAAUCUGCUAGUCUCAACUCUUGCUUUUCGGCAACCGAUGAUGUCGGAAUUAUUUUCAAAGUUGAAAAUUUUGUGCUUAAUCAAAUAAUAAAUAGAAAUGCAGAGUUUGUUUGCGCCGACGCGUUUCGUGUUUAUUUUAUUUCAAUAACAAAACACUCAUCAGGGCUCUGCAUUACAAUGAAAAGCACAUACGUAAAGACAAAAUAGAAGUAGUAAAAUUGACAAACACAAGUAUAGUGAAAAACUACAUUAAAAUUAUAUUGAAUUACACAUUACAUAGCAAAGUAAAAGAGAGACAAACAGAAAAAUCACUAUUGAAAUGAACAAUUAAAUAAAAAAAGAAUAGCCAAUAUAAUAAACAGUGAAAUAAACAAAAAGCAUUAAUAAACUAAUAAACUAAAAAACUGAGAAAAUGUCAUUCAUUAAUAAACUCAAGUGUCCCGGCUUGGCUCUAAUUCAUUAUCAACCGGAUCCAAAAAUAAGAAUAUACUCAUUCGAGAAUAUUUAAGAGUUAGACAUUUUUAUAAAUUAUUCAAUUGUGAAUGCCAAGAAUGGGCCUAACUUCAUUGAUUGGAGAUUCACCGAAGUAUUUAUUCCAAAGUACAUGGAAUUUAGCUAACCAUAUUUUCAUCGCAGACGCAUAUAUUUUUCUUACAUAUAUAGUAUAUAUUUUUCUUUUACACAUUGCUCUACAAUUUAAUAAUACCAUUAAGAAUAUAGUUUAAUAAUUCAUUAAUAGCAGAUUGAUCAAUAAAUUCAUCCAAUGAUUAAUUGGUAUAAAUAGACUUCAGUUAAUGGAAUUUUUAAUAAAUUUUUGAAAUUUGAAAGAAUAAUUGAUUGAUCAAUAAAUUUCGCUUGAUGAAAUUGGUUAAUAACUACCUCAUAGCCAUAUUUAAUGAAUUAUAGAUAAUAAUUAAUUCAGGUAAUUUAAAUUAAGUGUCAAUUUAUUAGUAAUUGAUAACAAGUAUAAUUUAUAACUUAUAUGAUAAAUUUAAUAAUAUUAAUUAAUAUAAUACUUAUGGUAUAUAAAUUUAAUUUAUAUACUCAAUCUAAUUAAUUAUCUCUAAAAUAAUUAAAAUUUGAACAUAUCAAAUAAUUCGCCGUCAAAUAAAGUAAUAUAUGUGACGUUGAUUAACAAAUAGAUGAGAGAAUUCAUCAAAUCAACUUAAAAAGGGUGUGGAUGUGGGGUAUGGUUAUGUGGGUGUGUGUGGGGUGCGGGUGUGGG